UCUCUCGAACAAAAAGUUAUCAAAGGGGUCGAGAAGCAACGUGCAUGUGUCUUUCGUCUCAACAUGGCGAGCGGCAAGGGUAUCGUUGCUAUUCUCCGACCCCGGGGAAUUCGUAUUAUCAGUGCUAGUAAAACGGGAAGACUGCAGCCUGGAGUGCUAUCAAGAAGCAACGACUGUCGACGAAAAUUUUCUACAAUUACCCUAGGUGUCGAUACCUGGACCCGGUGUAGUAGUGAAAAAUAUUCGAACAAAUUUUUCACGAAAAAUUUCCACGUAUCAUCACACCUCCCAGCAGCUCGAAAAGACUACUACGAAAUCCUUGGUGUCUCAAAAAACAGCUCGGCCAAGGACAUAAAGAAAGCCUACUACCAAUUAGCCAAAAAACAUCAUCCAGAUACUAAUAAAAAUGAUCCGAAUGCUAGUAAAAAGUUUCAAGAAGUAUCAGAGGCCUACGAGGUCCUCAGUGAUGAUGUCAAGAGGAAGGAGUACGACACUUGGGGUGCGACGUCGGAGCAGAUGGGAAUGAGGGGAAAUGCUGGCCAAGGAUUUCCCAGAGGUGAAGACGAAGCUUACUCCCAUAAUUGGAAUUUCCGGGCUAGUGUUAAUCCGGAGGAGUUGUUCCGGAAAAUUUUUGGGGAAGAUGGAUUCAAAGCACAUUUUAAUGAUCAGGAUGAUUAUGCUGACUCUAAAUAUGGAUUUGGCAGUGCUCAAGAGGUAAUCAUGAAUCUGACUUUUUCACAAGCUGCUAGAGGAGUCAACAAGGAAAUUAACCUCAAUGUUGUAGACACGUGCCAGAAAUGUAACGGUUCAAGGUGUGAGCUUGGCACCAAGGCUUUGAGGUGUCAUGUUUGUCAUGGUACUGGCAUGGAAACUAUUAGUACUGGGCCGUUUGUCAUGAGAUCAACCUGCAGAGCUUGCCACGGCACCAGGAUGUAUAUCAAGUAUCCGUGCGCAGAGUGCGAAGGGAAAGGGCAGAAUGUUCAACGAAAAAAAGUAAUAGUACCAGUGCCAGCAGGAGUCGAAGAUGGUCAGACGAUUCGUAUGGCAGUGGGUAACAAAGAGGUCUUCGUAACAUUCCGGGUAGAGAAAUCUCGUUAUUUCAAGAGAGACGGAGCUGAUGUCCACACAGACGCUGACGUAUCCCUCGCCCAGGCAGCACUAGGUGGUACAAUAAGAAUCCAGGGUGUGUACGAAGAUCAUACGAUUCAAAUCAAACCAGGUACAUCGUCUCACACAAAAAUCCGACUGACUGGCAAGGGAAUGAAGAAAGUGAACGGAGUAGGGUAUGGAGAUCACUACGUCAGUAUUAAAAUCGCUAUCCCCACAACGCUGUCUGAGAAACAAAAGGCAUUACUUCUGGCAUAUGCUGAGCUCGAACAAGACACACCAGGAUCGGUAUAUGGAGUGACGAAUAAAACUGAUGGAACAAAGCAAUGUUACGAAGGACCCUUACACUUACUGAAGUUGAUACGGCAAGCGCUGGAAGAUAUUCCUCAAAAUUCCGAGGAAAACCCAUCGUCUUUACAUCCACAAGGCCCUGGGGACGUGCCCCAGAGUAAAAGGACGAGCUCCUCUGAUGGAACGAAAAAAGGUGACUCUAAGAGUAACGAGAAAAUAAAAAUGGAAGGGAAGAUAUCAUGAUUUAUUCUAAAUAAUUAACUUUGAUAACUUUUAAUUGAAAAAAAAAUUAUAAUUGUACAAUUAUCCCAGUUGAAUCUACAGGCGUUGCCGCAGGUUUAUUCAUGUACUUUUUCCUGACUCGUGGGUUUUAAGAAUUAGCUAUAGGCCUCUGUGGAUAAGUUGAUAAUGGAGAAUAGCAAAAUUAAGCGCUUACAAAUGUUAAAAGUGUAAAAUAAAUUUUUCUUGUAAGUUAAAA